CUGACAACAGACAGACAGACCUCGGCGUGGCCAUCCCUCCUCCUCUUUCUCUUUCCCCUUCCCCAAACCUGCUGCGGUCUCUGCUCCGAUCUCCCCCGAAUCCAAAUCCAAAUCCAAUCCGCCGCGGAAGAAGCGAGGAUGAUCUACCGCAACUGGUCCCUGCUCUCCUCCACGGUCGUCAUCUGGGGCAGCGUCGGCGCCGCCGGCCUCGCCGGGAUCUUCCUCUUCGGCGGCAAGGAGAAAUUCCAGGGCUAUCUUUCUCGCGAAGGCGAGAGGCUGAGGCAGCAGGACAGAGCCAUGAUGGGCAAGAACUAGUGCAGACCACGGCUCACUUUCGACGUGUCAACAUGUGAACUAGACAUGGAACGAAGUAUCUCUAUGAUAUAGAACAUACAAAUUAUCUCUGCCUUCCAAUGCCACCUUUUGCUUCUGCCCCCCAUGAAUAAUACUGACGCGGAUGUUCAUUCUGUUCCCCCAUGAAUGUUCUCGACGCCAUGUUUGCUCUGUUCCCUUUGGUAGCCUGCUGUUUGUCGACUUUGUUCUGGCGCUCUGAAUAAGUUUUGAUACUGAUA